UGGGUUGUUUUCAUCUGCCCGUGUAGCACAUUCGUAAAGAAAAAGUUGCGUCAGAGGCGUUCCGAUAUAACGUAAACAAAAUAUUUUCCCGAAACGGCGAAAGUGAAAGUACACGGAAAAGACGGAGAUGGGUGUGAAGGACCUAUGGAAAGUCUUGUCCCCUGCUGGUCAGUCUGUCCCUAUAAAAUCUCUGUCUGGUAAAACCCUGGCAGUGGACCUAAGUGGAUGGAUCGUGGAAUUCAGGGCCAAUCAGAAUGUUCCUCACCUGUACCUCAGGACUUUAUACCAGAGAACGACUCGGUUGAUGAAGCAGGGACUGAAGUUAGUGUGUGUGGCAGAUGGAAUAGCCCCGGAAUGUAAAAGGAAUGCAAUGAUGACCCGCUGUAAAGAUAGGCCUGGAACUCCUAAUGUCAACAGGUCAAGGUUCAAAUUUAUUGUUGAGAAGAUUGAUGGGAUUCCUAUCUUGCAGUGUUUUGAGAUGCUGGAGUGCCUCGGACUGCCAUGUAUUUGGGCCCCCGGAGAAGCGGAGGCAUACUGCGCAUGGCUGAACAGCCAUGGGUAUGUUGAUGGGAUUCUAACUGAAGACUCAGAUACUUUUCUUUAUGGAGGAAAAGUUAUAUACAAAGAUUUAAAGACACUUAAUAAGUUUGAGUAUGAAGUCGAUGCUUAUGAUAUGGAGAACAUAAAAGAAAAGCUGGAGCUGACAAGGGAGACAAUGGUUGCUAUGGCAAUGCUAGUGGGCUGUGACUAUGAUGAGGAGGGAAUCCGAGAUAUAGGGAUAGAGAAAACACGUGAACUCAUCACAGAAUUAAAGAACAAUCAUCUUGAUCCACUGACAAGAAUAACGGAGUGGAGAAACAAUGAAGAACUACAGAGACUAUCUAAAGUAGAGGAAAGAAGAACAGCUCAUUGCAAGCAAUGUCAGCACAGGGGUACAAAGACACAACAUGUCAAAGAAGGCUGCACUGACUGCAGUUUAGAUGUGUCAUGUGAUCAGAGUUCCAAGGUUAAAUGUUCAUGUGGAAGUGUUUAUCACAAGAAAGAAAAAUACAGUCAGGAACUGAGAUGUUAUCAGAAAGCGCUGCAGAAUCCCUCUUUUCCAAAUGAAACGAUGGUGAAUGAAUACCUUCAUGCCAAUGACAGUGUACAGCGGAUUAACUUUGAUCGUAGACCCAUUGAUAUAACGAAAUUAAAAAGUCAGGUUGAAUGGGAGCCACAUGAGAAAAUAGCAGAACUCGUUGUUCAACUUCAAAUGACGGGUCAAUCCAGCUUUCUAGGAACAGAGUCUAGAAUUCGUCCUUUGAAAAUACGAAAGGAAUGCAAACAGAAUUUUGUGAAAUGUUUUGAAGUCGAGUGGACCAAGUUUGAUACAGACAAACAGACCAAUGGUGAUUGCUAUACAAUAAUUGUUUGUCAAGAUGCUUUCACAAAAUUGUAUAAUAAUGAAGUAGAGAAGUUUAGGGCUGAGAUGGAGAAAGAAAAGGAGAGGAAAAAGGAAGAUAAGCUAGUCAGAAGAGGGGAAAAGAGAAAACAAGUAGAUAGUGAACAACCUAAAAUCAAAGAUUUCUUCAAAUCCAAAAAGAAGUUAUCACCACAUCCAGAUGUGAAAUGAGAUGGACUUGUGGAUUCUGCCAAACAUCAGAGGAGAUAUUAGGAGAAACACUGAUCUGGAGAGAAAUGUGAAUCAGAGGCAACAAGAAUCAAGAGAAACACUAAACAGUAGAAAUGUGAAUCAGUAGAAAUGUGAAUCCAGGAGAAAAAUGUGAAUCCGUAGAAAUGUGAAUCAAUAGAAAUGUGAACGGUAGAAAUGUAAAACAGUAGAAAUGUAAAUCAGUAGAAAUGAAAAAAUAGAAAUAUGAGUCAUUAGAAACACUAAACAAUAGAAAUGUGAAUUAGUAGAAACGUGAAUCAGUAGAAAUGUGAAACAGUAGAAAUGUACAAAAGAAACAUGAAUCAUAUCAAACACCAGGGAUAUCAGAAGAUGCAUUAAUUACCUUUGAUAAAUGAUAUAAAAUGACUUUCAUUUCACUGUGGUAUGAUAGGAGAGGAAUUCAAAAGUCAGAAUGCCCUGAGUGGACGGAAUGUAGAAGUCAGAGUUCAUGUGUAUGUUUUCUCAUUUGUCCUUAAUAUGCAGGACCACGUGAUUGCUGCUGGAAAACAAAAAAUAAGAAAUCUUAUGCUAGUCAUAUUUAUUUCAGAUAACAAAUGGUCAUAUCUAUGUAAAUUACGAAGCAGAUUAUUUUUACAGAAGUCCAAAUUUAGCAUUAAAUCAAUAGGAGCAAACAAUAA